UCAACUGGAACAAGAUCGACACUGGCGUGGCUCUGGGUGGAUUCUUCUGGGGCUACUCGUGCACGGCGAUCUUGGGAGGUCAUGCAAGUGACAAGCAAGUGUUUCUACUUGGCUCACUUCUGCUACUGCCCAUUGUCGCUAGCUGACGUGUGCUGCUUACACUAAAAACAUGGCUGCGAACAGAGGUGCUGCUUUACAAAAAACACAGUCAGUGUUGGCAACUUAAGUGUUUUUGAUGCUACAUUUAGCGACUUUUCUAACACCUCUAGCAGGUAUUUUCAAAAUAGUGACUUUAAUAAAGAAACGGACAACGUGUGCCAAAUCAUUUUCACAUUUUCUGACAAGUAAUCACGGAUUCAAUUAAGCACGGAACAUUGCCAAAGACAAAGGACCCACCCAACUCAACUUUAGAACUUUUAACUUCAACCACAGCUUUUACAAUGUGCUGUACACAAGAUUAGGCAUCAAACAUAAACCACAAUAAAUAAUAAUUUUAUUUUAUAAUAUAAUAUAUCAUUGUCAUUACCAGUUGAGGAUGUAGUCCACCUUUUGCCCGAAGUCAGCUAGGAUAGGCUCCAGCGCCCCCGUGUACUACUGGUUAGUACAUCUGCCUCACAGUUCUGGCGACCGGGGUUCAAAUCCCAGCCCCGCCUGUGUGGAGUUUGCAUCCUCUCCCCGUGCCUGCGGGGGUUUUCUCCGGGCACUCCGGUUUCCUCCCACAUCCCAAAAACAUGCGCGGUAGGUUGAUUGAAGACUCUAAAUUGCCCGUAGGUGUGAAUGUGAGUGCGAAUGGUUGUUUGUUUCUAUGUGCCCUGCGAUUGGCUGGCGACCGGUUCAGGGUGUACCCUGCCUUCCCGCCCGAAGAUGGCUGCGAUAGGCUCCAGCGACCCACGGCCCUAGUGAGGAUAAGCGGUAAAGAAAAUGGAUGGCUGGAUUUUCAUAUUUGUGGUUCGGCGAUCGCAGAUUCACUUAUUCUCAGGUUUUUUGGGGGAACCUAUCCACUGUUAUUUGGGUAACCACCCGAUCCCAUUUAGUCCUCUCUCUCAUGUCACUUGAUUUCAUGUUAAUGCCGUUUCUCGUUCCUCUCCAUAUCUCCUCUCCGCGAUGCAUUCCUCUCCAAGUGGAAUAGUGCAAAAGGUUUGGCACAAGACACAAAUAAUGAAAGGGAUAAAGUAUUUUUAAAAAAGGAAAGUUUACAGAGAUGUAAAUAGGCUGCCAAUUCACAGUAAAUAGUUCAAAACGGGUGAGCGGCAUGCUAAAGGAACAGUGAAUGAUUAAAAAAAAGCAUGAAAAAGUGCAAAUAAAGGAAAAAGUUAGUGGAGCUGAGUAUUUAUGUAUUUAUUUAUAGUUACUAGCUAUAUACUGUAUGUGAUUUAUUCACUUGUAUGGAAAGUUUUGACCAGAGGUACGUGCUUCCAAGCUAAAACAAAUUUCACAAGGUCGCCUUGCCUCACCUGUAAAAUUAAUAGUGUUAGAGAGCUAGAAAUCUGGGGAUGUCACAUUUAUGACAUAUGUCACAAUCUAUAGCACUGAUAAGCUAAAAUUAGGUGGAGAGAAGUCAUUUGUGUUUUAGUGCCAUGCUAGUUGCCAUAUGGACCGUAAUUUCUCAUGUAUAAUGCGCACCCGGCGACACGGUGGACGACUGAUUAGCACAUCUGCCUCACAGUUCUGAGGACUGGGGUUCAAAUCCCGGCCCCGCCUGUGUGGAAUUUGCAUGUUCUCCCUGUGCCUGCAUGGGUUUUCUCCGGGCACUCCGGUUUUCUCCCACAUCCCAAAAGCAUGGUAGGUUAAUUGACGACUCUAAAUUGUGUACACCUUUUUCAUACCUCUAAGUGGUGGUGGCAUAUUGGUAUGAAAGUGUACAGCUUUUUUCUUACCCUCUAGAUGGCGGCAUACAUUUGUAAAAUGUGAAAGUUUUUUCCAUUUUCCCCUAUACUUAUGUAUAAUGCACACUAUUGACUUUCAAAAAAAAAUUUUUGGGGGGGGAAUGCGCAGUAUAUACGAGAAAUUACGGUAUGUAUGCAAGUUACAGCUCGAGGACCCCAGUUUAAGAAGCACUCAGUUAUAGUGCGUUCGGAAAUGCACCAGGACCGCGCUCUGUUACAUUCAGAAGCGUUCGGAAACUCAGCAUUGUUGGAAUGUGCUGUUUGGUUAUUCAGACUAGCGCCACACUCUGGUCGUUUGGAGGAAAAGCGGUAGCGCGUCAGACAGGAGCAUGGACGCAGUUCGAUCAAGAUCCGAGGAUGGGAGGUGAGCGAGUGCUGUUGUUCUCAGCCACCUCAUGGGCGGUGGUCACAGCUGCCACACCCGCUCUGGCACACCUCGGCUCUCACACCCUGGCUCUGAUGACUAUGGCCAGAGUUCUCAUGGGAGUACUGCAAGGUGUAUUCUUCCCAUCUUUGGCCAGUCUGAUAGCCCAGCGGGCACCGAAAGGGCAGAAGAGCUUUUUAAACAGCAUCAUGCAAAGUGGUACCUCUCUUGGAAUAUUGUUGGCAGGCCUGCUGGGCUCCAUAAUGUUGGACUGGUACAGUUGGGAAAAUGCAUUCUAUGCUGUUGGUUUUCUGUCUGGGCUCUGGGCGCUCGUUGUGUGGCAGUAUUUACUGAAAGGCAAAGUUUUUCCAGAGCAGAAAGAAAGAAGAAAUAACUCCCAGUCAAAGACCUUUUCAUGUACACAUCUGCUGAGCCUCCUGAGAAAGCCGUGCAUCUGGUCGAUGGUCUUCGCUCACAUGUGCACAUGCGGCACAUCCUACACGUUACUGUCGUGGAUGCCAACAUACUUCAGUGAACAAUAUCCACACGUCAGGACGUGGGUGUACAAUGUGAUUCCUUGGACUGCUGCCAUUCCAGCAGCUCUUUGUGGUGGAUACAUUUCAGAUUCACUCAUCAGCCAAGGAUACAGUGUCGUGUUUGUGAGAAAGUCCAUGCAAUUCAUCGCCAUGGGCGUUUCCACUGCUUUUGUCAUGCUGCUGUCCGCAAAGAUGUCGCCUCCCAUCGCCGUGAUCUGUAUUUCUGCUGUCAUGGUUUCACUCUCCUUCACUAGCUGUGGUUCAUCUGUGAAUGUGCAGGAUCUGACCCCUUCAAGUGCCGGCGCCCUCUAUGGUUUCAUGAAUAUGCUUGGUGCUUUCAUGGGGGUGCUGAUGGUGUCGCUGUCGGGCUACUUGAUUGAGGUAACCGACUCGUGGGUGCCGUGCUUCUGGCUCGUCGCCGCCGUCCACGUCGUCGGUCUCACCGUCUUCCUCUGCUUUGGAGAUGCCCGACGCGUCGACCUCAAAGAGUCCAACUCCGUUGCUUUGAGUUGAAAUAUCGCACAUCUCAAGCAUUUUUAAAAAACAAAACUAUUUGUUAAGACGUGUUUGGUGUCGCCUGACUUUGUGGAUGUCCAGACCGGUUUUUGUUAUUCCCCAAUUGGAAGUGAGCAUUAUAAAGGGAAGUAAAAGCAUAAUGUUGACGUAUGUGUGAGAGAAAUCCUAUCCUCAUUUAAACCAUUUGAGGCAACAAGCACAACUCGAGUGCAAUUUGUCUUUUCUUGUCUUCUUUGUCUCUCUAUUCUUCCUUGCAGAUAUUUAUAUUGCUUAUCAAGACAUGCUACCGGUUCUCUUGUAGUUUGACUGAAAUGCAGUGUUGUUGAAUUUGCCCAAUAAACGUCUGAAAACUU